UUUGGAUGACAUUUUCUUAACCGCGCGAUAAUGUAUAAUGGAUUCUGAGUUCUAGGUAUUUAUAGCUGCCACGUGUUGAUAGAAUUGUUAUUUAUUGUAACGCCUCGUUUGGACUGUAGCCAACUAUCUCCAAAUAAUAACGAUUUCCUUCCCGUGCUCGAGGUGUUGUUGAUUUCACGCUUGGUUUGUGAAGUGUAGAUGUAUUCUUUCCUACGAAUACUUCAAUAACCCAUAAGCUAAAAACAGUUUUGGUUUCUAGGCUAUACGAAUAAUAUAUGGUACACUGACUACAUGCGGCAACUGAUGACGAGAAUUUAGCAUAUAUGAACAGAAUGUUUAAUGAAAUUUUACAGAGUAGAAGUUCAGGUGUAUCUUCCAAUUCCCAAGGCUAGUCUCGACUCGAUAUAGUUUUUCAAAAAAUAUCGUUUCAACUUUUACCCCAAUUCGCAUCACUUAUGACCAUUGUCUGAUGCAAAUUCGUAACGUUCAUCCUGUUCUUAAAAAAGAAAAUAAAAGAUUAUUGGACCACAGGAGUGUUAGAGUAAUGGAGCUUGAUUCGAAUAACAUUUUCGUCACUAUUGGAGAACCCUUGCAAUCGUAUUUAAGUAUCGUAUGUAAGUCGCGCUUACUUGUAGACCACUGGACUAUUCGAUACGUAAGUAAUACUGACUUAUUCACUAUUUAAGUGCUGGGCAUAAGUUCUACGCAUUUAUAACACACUUUUUACCGGCUUCGUCUUCUCUCGUCAGGUCACGCGUUAUUCCCUGGUAGUAGUGGAUACCACUUUCGAAUGGUUCGAAACUGAGAUCGAGCUCGUCACUCGACUUCGUAAUUCCACCAUACCAGUCUUCCGCUGGUAGCCUAACCGUAACGUUACCGUUUAAUAUUCAAGUGACGAUAGAAUUGCGGGUGAAGCUUAAAUCGUUUUACAGCGCUGUCGAAAACCGGGCAUCUCACCGCGGUAGCAAAGCUUGCGUGGAUGGCGGAAACCGAUAAGAAAAGAAAUCACCGCAGCUUCUGCAUUGUCUGAAGUAUCAUUAGCAACGUUGAUGGAUCAUGGCGCGAGUUAGACCGGAAGCAAGAAUCGAGGUCUAAGCUGGCUCGUUGUGAAGAAAAUACAAUUAUAAAUCAUAAACACAUUUUCUAUGCAACAUGGACAUCGAUCCUGAGUAUGUUGACAGUGAUAUUUGCAUAAUAUAUGCGGAUACCGAACGUUGAAGAAUUAUACAAACAAAACCUCUCUGCUGCGGAAGAACCAUAAAAAUUCAUAUCGAUCGAACAGCGGCCAUCAGCGUAAAUGAUCGGCGGUCGAGUGUUUCUUGCGGUGAUUUACGCGAUGGCUUUUGUGUCGGGGAGAGCCGAAGUCGACGGGUUCAGGGAAUCCUGUCCGUCAAACGCCAUUGUCAAUUUGUCCAGACGGAAGUCGAUGUCUUCGGGGUUGGCGAAAGACUCGGGCGACAUCAAUUUGCCGAACGCAACGCGUCCCGAGGAUCGGAUAACAGUCGGAUGCCUGUGUGACUUUAAAACGUGCUUGAAACUUUGUUGUCCGCUGGAAAAGGCAUGGUAUGAACAAAGCUGUGUGGAGGAUGAUACCGUUUACAUUUUCCCUGAAAUAAGAACUCUCAUCGACGAUGGGCAGAAGAACCUGACGCUGCAGGAUUUUCACAUCGUCCCUGAUUAUCCUUGCGGUUUUGGCUGGGCGACCCUGGAUGUGCUGGAAAAUUUCUACGCUUUUCCCAACGGUUCGAUUUAUACUCCGGAUUUUUACGGAAGUAAAUCUCACGGAUUUGACAAUUACUGCCUUUUACGGAAUCCGAAUUCUUCCGUAUAUUUGGCGGUGGUAUGUUACCCUAAAGCCAGCAUGAACUACUGGGACACCAUUUGUUGGUCAAUCCAAUUUAUCAUAAUUUUGGCAGUAUUCGUUUGCUACACCAUAGUACCUGAACUGAGGACUUUUCAUGGAAUGAUAGUUCGCUCCUAUAUCGCCGCCUACGUUGGACUCUACCUCGGCGCCUUGGGAAUAAUGAUUACAAAUGGGUUGAGAGACUAUGUCCAGCUGAAUAUCCUCAGUGAAAUUGUCGUACAAUAUUGUGACAUCGCCAGCGUCCUUUGGCUGAACGUGAUGAGCGUUAAUAUUUGGAGAACGUUUCGAAGCGUGAAGUCUGCCGACUCCAAUGUAGAUCAGCGUAACCAGAAAAAAUUCGUCCUUUGCAUGAUCUACGCUUGGGGAACACCGGCUGUUAUUGUUUUAAGUUCCGUAGCUGUAAUGCGCUACGUCCCGUAUUUCCACAAUGAAAUAUUUGGCCUGACUUUUACCUGGUGGACCAGCUUGACUUUCAGCAGCGUCGUUUAUAUGUGCAACACGUUGUUGUACAUCGUCACUGUGAUUACGAUAAAGCGACAGAAGAAGGACACGGCGCUACUGACUAUCGACGUGAACAAACAUCACGAAACCACUAACCAAUGGUGUAGAACGUAUGUGAAAUUGUUGACAAUAAUGACAGGUCAUAUGGGAGGUUUCACAGUGGUCUGGGCCGUUUGUAUAAUUUGGCCGACACCAGCGUUGAUUCACUCUUUUACCACAUUAGGAAUGGUGCAAAGCGUGUUCAUAUUCACGCUUUUCCUUUGGCAGGACCAUAUGAAACGCGCGAUUUCAAAACAGCUAUGUAUAAGGGUGCAGCGUUUGCGAAACUUUUUCGUCAGAAGUAAACCAAGGAUUACAACUGAUUGUGAGAGUUGAACAAUAUCAAUUACGAUAGCUUUAAAUGCCGCACAAACUGUCGUAUUAACAAUUGAUAACAAUAUGCACGCGUGUACUUUACGUGGGUAUAAAAAAGAUGCUUGAUUCGCAGUAGUUAAGAGAACUGCGGUGUUGAGUCAAGUUUAAUGUCACCAACGUCAUUCUGUAGUAGCUGGUUUUGCAUAAAUACUGGUGCGACAAUAAUACGACUCUUGUGUUACAAUUUCAAUGAUUAACCAUGUUCACAUUUCACUAUUACGUGAAAUGUGACCUCUGGUGGAAGACAUGUGGUCGAUAAAAAAAAUUCGUAAAUACGAACAACAACCUAACAUUAAGACCAUUUGGUCGAAGAGCAGUGUUAAUUCUUUUCAAACAAUACGUGUCUACAAAUAAACACGCUCAAAGGAUUAAACGUAUUCACGGUAACAUUAUACGUUGUUGUGAAUGUGUGACGUAAUACGUAAAAAUUUGCACAAUCACAUACGUUAGCCAUUGGGCUAUAAGUGCGUUGUAUUGUGCGUUGCCUGUUUCUACGAAAUGUUCUUACGUCAGCUUUGAAUGUGAUUAACUUUAAUAUGAUAAGUAUGAAAAUCAUUUCCAAAUUUACUCAGCUUGUGUGGUAAAUCUACUCUAUUUAUCAGUAUUUCCGCUCAGAUUAACUGAACGGUUGAUUAGUGUGUAGGAAAAUAAAUCAUAAUAUGUAUACGUUAAAACUAGUCACAUGGAUUGUUCGAAAUCUCGAUUAAAAUUAAAGAAGCUAGCAGUCCAGUAGAGCCUCGAUAGUUUAACUACACUUUGUCGUCGUAAUUUUUCAUAUUCUUAUGAAUUAGUUAUCCUCUUCGAUCUUCAAUAAACACCCAACUAGUCGGAUGUUUACAUUUUUUUUUAAUUGAUCAUAUUCUGGGCUCUGGACUAUUUUUUACUACUGUUACACCACGAGUCUGAUGUGAAGAGCAGAAAUGAUCGAGAAUUGACUGUAUUAAGUAACGCUAUUUAAAUUGUAUUUAUUAUAAUGCUUCUUCUUAAUAUCAAGAACGAUGAAGUACGGUGCAGACUACGAAAUUUUUUGAACAUUAUGGAUCACUAUUCGUAAUAUCUUACAAUAAAUGGGAAUUUCUAUAUUUA